AUGCUUGCUCUUUUUCACACGUACAAAAGAAACUCAUUUUAUGAAUUUAAAAGAGGACGCCACAAAUAUUUCUCUCGGAAAAUCUUCACUCAAAUAAGUCAUACAUACCAUUCAAAUAUGGUGAUCAAAACUUUACCUAUACCUUCAACAACAAUUCCUGUCAAUUCUCAACUAGGAUCACUCAUCACUUGUCUCCUAGUUUCAUGUCCACCUGUGCGUCGUUUACCGGAUGCCACGGCUCUUCGCGACAUGUGCAUUAUAACAAAGAGCGAUAUGAAUCGAAUUUAUGAGAAUUUAAAUCGACGUCAACGCGAUAAAGACGCCAUUCGACAGGAAAUGGAACAGAAGAAAGAAAUGCUUGAACGAUCGACACAAAUCACUAAAGAUUGGCCAAAUACUUUUGCUGGUGACCAAGAACGAAAAUUACAGCGAAAGAAAAUCCGUGAACGAGAAGAAGAAGAAAAGAGGCAAUUGCUCGAUCUGGAAGAAGAGAAAUUAGCUGCAGAACGUCGUCGAGAGUAUCUCGAAAAAGCAAAGCAAACGCGAUACUAUAACACUGACCGUAUCCGAACAUUUCAUAGUUCUCUUUUGCUGACGGAAGUUUUAAAAGAACGUGAGAUGCAAGUUGAAAUGAAAAAACGUAUGGAACAAAUGCGUCAAACAAGUGAUAACGACGAACUUAAACGUUUUCAAGAAGCUCAAGAACAAUUUGACAAAACCGAACGAGAAAAAAACGCAAAAAGAGCAAAAGAACGUGCUGAUUUAGCUCAAUACCAUCUUACGCAAAUAAAUCGCCGUAAAACUCAUUAUAUCCAAGAAAAACAAAGAGAUCGACAAGAGGGCGAUGAAUAUCGACGUUUAGCCGAUAAGUCGCUUCUUGAUUUCAUUGAAUCCAUGCGUACGCGCAAACUCAAGCAAAAACAAACGAAAGAAAUGUAUGAUAAAGCCAUGGAACAAAAACAAAAAAUUAAACAAAUUGAACAAAAACUGGAUGAAGAAGAGGAAGACGACAUUCGUACUUAUGCAGAAGUCAAAAUGCGAAUUGCACGAUUAAGACGCGAAAAAGAGAUUGACCUUGAACAACAAAAACAAAAUACACGCGACGAAACAAUUGGUUACUUGGGUUCGUUAUUGAAACGAGCUGAGGCCGAUAAUGAAUCUCAAAUUUAUCGUGCUCAAGCCGAGAAAGAUGCUAAGGCAUAUCGGGAAGAACAAGAGAAAUAUGAAAAACAACAACAAAUGCUUGAUUCGAUAGAGAAGCAUCGUUUGCAAUCAUUAAAACGACGUCAAUUCGAUCGUGGAAUGGAAGAGCGUGAAGAUGCUGAACUUCGUAGACGAAAAGCACAAGCGGAUCAUUUGUUCCGUUUAUAUCAAAAAGAAAAAGAAAAAGAACGCGAACAAAACAUUCAAUUACUCGGACAAAUUCAACAAAGACAAGCGAGAGAUCGCAAGGAACGUGAGCGUGCUUUGAAAGAAAACGAAAUACAAGAAAUACAAUUAGACAAACAAAUGAAUGAAGUCGAACGACAACAAUAUCUAGAAUAUACCGGACGGGUUAUGUCAUAUCUGGAGGACAAUGGUCGUGAUAUCCAUCCAAUGCAACGGACUGUUGCUGAAGAAAUGAAACGUUUUGAUAACUUCAAUCACAGUUCCAAGAAAACGGAAACACCACGAAACGGACAGGAGGAGAAAAAAUCUAGCAGUCAUGAUAGACCUUCGCUGAAUGACACCAAGAAGCAUUUGGGUUUUCAAUGGGAAAUUCCUCAAAAAUAA